UUGGUGCAUGGCUGCUAAAUGUUGAAGAAAUUGGGCGAGGCCGCCAGUCGUUUGUCCAAUGGCACGUCGAGGUGUGGUUCUUUAAAGGCGUGGAAAGGGCGGAGCUAGAAGCGGAAGUGUGCCUCGGCUGAUCUCUCUCGCUGUCAUUCGGCCACGGUCGGUUCCAGGAGAGAGGGGCAAGAAGUACAGAGGGAUCCGCUGGCUGUGGAGGAUUGACAGCUUGUCAGAAACGAUUCUGGAAUCAAAUGAACAAUGAAACCGAUCGCAUCAAGACUGUAAAAGAAACGCUCGCUUGUCACAUUAACAAAGCCGUUUGAUCACGUAGUCCAGAGAGAUCCGUGUCAUUGAGCAGGCAGGACACGUCAGGAGCAGGGAGGGAAAAAAAAAAAAAAAGCUGACCGACUGCACUGUACGAGUCAGCUUUAAAUCGCCUCUGAAAAGCCUAGCUCGCUGCACUCAGCUCGCCAAGGACACCAUCUAGCUUUCAGUCCAAGAGGAAGAUCUCGACAAAAACAACGCCGAGGUCGAAGGUGGUGAUCGAAAGGACCAAAGAGAUCACGAUAGCAUUUGUUCUGGGGAACAAAACAAAUGGGGGAUUACGGGUUUGGUGUUCUAGUUCAAAACAACACUGGCAACAAGUCUGCAUUCCCGGUCCGAAUCCACCCGCAUCUGCAGCCUCCCCACCACCACCAAAAUGUGUCCCAGAGCCCCGCUGCUUUCAUAAACAGCACCACGGCCACGGGGAACGGCAGCACGGGAGGCUCUCCCUGGCUCUUCUCUAACUCUGCCACCCACAACAGUGUGCAAGAUGAAAUCUUGGGGGGGGCAGAGAAGCCCAAAGCACAGCAGCAACAGGAAAUGCAAGAAUCGCAGGAGAAGCAGCAGUUAUCUCCAGGGAGUCACCAGGAAGGUGGAAGCAAUGGUGGGAUAAUUUCAGAACUGGAAAAAGCCAAGGAAACCAAGACAGAGAAUGGUACAUCUGAGGGUGGCAAUGGUAAGGAGAAGCAGCUUCGCCUUGAGUCACCUGUCCUGACUGGCUUUGACUACCAAGAAACAUCUGGCCUUGGGGGAACUGGUCCAGUACAGUCCAGCACCACCUCGUCAUCACUUACUGGCUUCAACAAUUGGUCAGCUGCCAUUCCGCCUGCACCGUCAACCAUCAUCAAUGAAGAUGUCAGCUUCUUCAACCCGGUCUCGGCCAACAAUGGCACUCUGCUGUUCCAGAACUUCUCCCACCAUGUUAGCCCAGGGUUUGGUGGGAACUUCUCCCCCCAGAUUGGACCAGCUGCAGCUCUGUCCCAGCACCAUCCAGCGCCACCACCGCACCCCCACUUCCAGCACCCCCACAACCAACAUCAGCAACACAGGCGUUCCCCAGCCUCCCCCCACCCUCCACCCCCCUUUCCGCAUCGAAAUCCAGCUUUCAGUCAGCUGCCACAUUUGUCCAACAGCUUGAACAAGCCCCCGUCCCCCUGGGGUUCAGCUAGCUACCAGAGUCCCUCUCCCUCCCCUGGAUCUUCAACUUCAUGGAGUCCUGGAGGAGGUUAUGGCAGUGGUGGUGGUGGUUGGGGAGGCUCUCAGGGUAGAGAUUAUCGUCGUGGACUAAACGGCGGGAUGACUCCGAUCAACUCUAUCUCUCCACUGAAAAAGACUUUCCCUAACAACCACGUGACAUCCCAAAAGUAUCCUCGAAACGGUCCGGCGGGCUUCAACCCCAAGUCCUGGAUAGAUGAUGGCGUUAGCCGCAGUGAUAACAUUUUUCCUUUUCAGGAACGCACCCGCUCAUUUGACAGCUUCAACAUGAACACUUUAGAGAGCUCCCUGAUUGACAUCAUGAGGGCAGAGCAAGACACCCUGAAAGGUCGUCUGGGGUUCCCCCACCCAGGAGGGGACAACCCUCUCCCCCUCAAUGCCAGGAAUUAUAACAGAAGACGAGGCCACUCCUCUCUCUUCCCCAUGGAAGAUGGAUUUCCUGAUGAGGAGCGUGGCGAUCAGGGUCUUCCAGGCCUGGGCUCUCCACACUGCUUCCCACAUCAGAACGGAGAACGCGUGGAACGCUACUCCCGCAAGGUCUUUGUUGGAGGCCUGCCACCAGAUAUUGACGAAGAUGAGAUAACCGCCAGUUUCCGACGUUUUGGACACCUGUUUGUAGACUGGCCUCACAAAGCAGAGAGUAAAUCCUAUUUCCCACCUAAAGGCUACGCCUUCCUGCUGUUCCAGGAUGAGAGCUCCGUGCAGGCUUUGAUUGACGCUUGCAUCGAGGAGGACGGCAAGCUGUACCUCUGCGUGUCCAGCCCCACAAUCAAAGACAAGCCAGUCCAGAUUCGGCCCUGGAACCUGAAUGAUAGUGAUUUUGUGAUGGAUGGUUCCCAGCCUUUGGAUCCCAGGAAAACCAUCUUUGUGGGAGGUGUUCCUCGUCCACUCCGCGCAGUGGAGCUGGCCAUGAUUAUGGACCGUCUGUACGGCGGGGUUUGCUACGCCGGCAUUGACACCGACCCGGAGCUGAAGUACCCCAAGGGAGCGGGGCGGGUCGCCUUCUCUAAUCAGCAGAGCUACAUUGCUGCUAUCAGUGCUCGCUUUGUACAGCUGCAGCAUGGAGAAAUCGAUAAACGGGUGGAAGUGAAGCCAUAUGUGCUGGAUGACCAGCUGUGCGAUGAGUGCCAGGGAACUCGCUGUGGCGGCAAGUUUGCACCGUUCUUCUGCGCCAACGUCACCUGCCUGCAGUACUACUGCGAGUACUGCUGGGCAGCCAUCCACUCGCGUGCCGGGCGAGAAUUUCAUAAACCCCUGGUGAAAGAGGGAGGCGACCGACCCCGCCACAUCUCAUUCCGCUGGAACUGAGCGGAUCUGCAGAGAGGGAGAGGCAACAGAGGAGCAGGAGGGCAGGUAGUGCAGGAGUCGCAAGUUAUUGUAAAAAUAAAUGCACUUUUCUGUUGCUCGUUCCUCCUUUUGCUCUAACUUCAUCAAAACCUUUUAUUCUUUUUAUUUUUUUCUUUAAAGUUAAUAUAUAUCAAAAAUGUCCAGAGAAAUUGGAGCAAAACACAGAUGUCCAUUUAGGAAAAAAAUGUGUAACAUCAUUUUAUUUAUACUUUUGAUUUUUUAAAGGUAUUUUUAUGAUUUAAAAAAAAUAUAUAUAUAUCAGAAUUAACAUGUGAGUAUGGUACUGUGUUUUUUAAUUGGCAUAUUUUUCUAAAACCUUUUAGUUUCUUUUUCAUUUUGAUAUAAGCCCAAAAAAAGUCAUUAUUUGUCGUCCAGUUGACUUUAAUAUUGUAGCAAAGACUUCUUACAGUCUGACAAACAAACGCCGUCGACACCGGCGAGUUCCUUUUUCAGUUUGAUUCGGAGAUAGUUUGCAGGAGGCUUCAGAGCAAGUGGGACUUUGAGUAGAAAAAAGGGAGUCGCUGAAGAAGAGUGCACUUAUUUCCAGUUUAAAUACUGAAGACGCAGUAUAUGAAAUCCUUUUUUGUAGUUAACCAAAGCCAAAAUCGUAAUUAACUUUGAAGCGAAAGGGCCCGCUGCAGAAGGAAAGGGACUCUUUCUUUCCCCUCCCAGAUCGACGUGUUUGAUCUGCUUUUUUAUGAUUUCCAAGACCGUACCAACAUUUUGAUGCUACUUGAAAAAAUUGCAAAAGAGUUUUUAGCAACACCAGAGAUGGGUUUCGAUCUUCAUAUUUGACAUGCAAAAACUAAUACCUCAAACUCAGCUGCUAAUGUGCCGAACACAGUAGAAAAAGAAGAAGAAGAAGAGAAAAGCAAGUCAAAACAUUAAUGCAGUCUGUUCUCCUUUCCUUAGAACUAAAAUCAGAGGGGAGCGCUGCAACAGACACAAAGUGAUGUAACUGGCACAGUUUUGUUGGAACUUGCUUCAUCACCUCCUUAUUUUUGUAAUCAAACCCAGGGUUGUGCUAGAGACAGACAGAGUGUUGUGCAGUGCGUGGGGUUAACGUAUGGCGUGGGCUAGGCUACAGACGCAGCAGGAAAAACAAAGAAAAAAUUAAAGAUGAAAGCAGCCCCACAUCUCUUCUGCAUGUCUGGCUCUCUGCUAGCUCCCAGCUAACAGAACGGCUACGCGGUGGAUCGAAAACCUGUUUCCUGUGCUUGCACAUGACAGGGCUCAGAUCCAGAUCCUUCAGGACGAGUGGUCUAAGGCUGGUCGAGUGGCUGCCUUUACUGCCACAAACAGGAAAUGCCUGAAUAUGUUUUUGUUUUUUUUUACGUGUUUGUGCAAUGCUCCCAAGUCUUUAAUGACAGAGUGCUACUUUGCACCCAAGAGUGAGCUACAUCCAGUCAUUAAAGUAGCAACUAACGCUGAUCUGCUUCUGAGUCGCGGAUCCUUCCUUCCGUCGAACCCUCUGUCCUUUCUGCUGCCAAGCUAGUCCAACUCAGCAUCCAGUGUUUUUUAAAGCAUAAAUGAAGAUAGUGUCUGCAGUGUGCUCUACUACUACACACACGUCACCCUACAUGCAGUUUGCGCUCAGCGGCGAGAUUUGAAAGCCCGUCUGGCUUUGGCGGCGAACCAAAGAUGACUGUGCAGUAGUGGGUCAUACUCAUCAUUUGUACGUUACUCUCAUCUUCAUUCCCACAAAUCCGUCACUUCUACAUUUAUUUUUGAACCUGUUAAGCCCUGAUGGACUCCAGCAAACCAAAGAUUGGCCUUGAAACAUGAUCCACGCAGUCCGUGUAGUAACAGUAUACAUGCUGCAGAUGUAGGAGAGCGGAAUCAGAACCAUCAGAACACCUCUAUUUACCCAGCAGGGCUUACAGACACACAAAUGAAAGCUCCUUCGCUCAAAGUGGAGGAGGCGCUGUUAGGCUCCUUUAUUUUUAUUUUUUUUAAAUCUCCAAUAGCUCUGCAGGUUUGGGAAAAACAAAUGGAAAGUGCACAACGCCGCAGUGAGGGUGAAACCAACCCUCACAUGCUUUUUUUCUUUGGUUUCUAUUUUCCUUUCUUCUUCAUUUUGACAUUUGAACUCACUCAGUGGCUACCUUCUAGCCGAGCAUUUAAACGUCAGGGAGUUAGUACAGAAACUUGAUUUUACACACUAGUGAGAAUCCUCAUAUUGGCGCGGUGUCGCCGCACCCUGGACUUUAGUUUCGCGGGUGCAGUGGGUGAGCAUUUUAGAAGUUAAAACACUUUGUGAAGAAUUUGCUGUUAAAAGAGUUUGAAAAAACAAAAAAAAAAGAAAAUAAUUUUAUACAUGGCCUGCUGAUUUUUUGGUACAGUGUUUUCUAGCUAAAUUAUUUUGUCAUGCACAUAUGAACAUUUAUUAUGCACUACUUUUCUAAAUAUUUUUUCUUUUUCCAACAGUCAUUUUAGGCACAUUUUUCACAAAAUGGGGAAACUCCUUUUUGCAAUACCUCAAUUUUUCACAUUGUGAAAGGUAGCUUUUGUACUUUUGUUACUGAGAGAUCUGCAUAUAUGGAAAUGUUCAUUUUAAAGAAGAAAAAAAAAAGUUGAGUGAUUUCAAGAUAUAUUAUUUUCAAUUAUGCUUUUUAUACAUUUCAGUGCUGAGGAAUCUUUACAACUAAGUGCUCACUUGUGUUGAUGCGACUUCAGAUCUGCAGAGGAGAGACCAAAGCAUCCCUCUCUUGGUCUUAGCUUUUUCGUACUCUACUUGUUUCCAGUCAGUCUGGUUGCUAACCGUCAAAACAACAACGGGAAAAAAAACAACAACUCGUCAUUUGAAUCUGUUUGUCUCUAAAUAUGGCUACACAAAGGUAGAACUUCUGUCUUGGUUUCCUCUCCAUAGAUGGAGCAGAACUUGUUUUGAGGAGAAUGCAAAAUCGGGUUCAUGCUUAACGCUGAGCCUCGUAUCACAAGAAUGGAUGUUUGAUGUUUAGAUAUUUUAAUAUUUGAAAAAGUAUAUAGACAUAUACAUUAAAUAUAUAUAAUAUAAAUAUAUAUAUAUAUAUAUUCUUGAACUUGCCAGCUAGCACCUAUUGUAACCCUUAGCAUGCAUGACGAAAAAAAAGAGAAAGUACAUGAAUUAGCUAUUAAAACUAAUCGUUGUGGUGUGCACCAAAUGUUUCCCAACUAUUCAGUUAAGGACACCCAGACCCCGCCCCCUCACCUUUGCUCCCGCCCCUCAUGUCAAUCUCCUAGUUGGCAGAACUCUGCAAGAUGCACAGGACACAGAGAUAGAAAUUUAAAAAAUAAAUGAAUAAAAAUAUCCACACAAAAAAACAGAAGGAACCCAUAAGUUUAAAGUGAUGUGGCAGUGCAGGAGCAUCCUUUUAGAACACUGUUUAAAAGAAGACUUGAGAACUCAUCUUUAUAUAGACUUAUCUGGAGGAAGGGGAACUUCAAGACUUGAAUGUGGUAAAUGUUGCAAGUUAACUUCAAGUUGUUAUGUGCAAUACUUCUUUUGAACCCUUUUCCAGAUAAAAAACAAAAAAAAGUAAAAAAAAAAACAAAAAUACUCUUUGCAAUGUAAUUCUUUAAUGCCAUUUUUAAUUGCAGACAUUUAAUUAAAGAAGAUGUUAAUAUGUUUUUCACAGUCAUUUUCUACUGUUAUUGUAAUCCUUUUCAUGCUGGUGUUUGUAAAAAAGAAAAGAAAUCAAACUAUUUGUACUAAUAUAAAUAAUUGAAGUUAUUUUUAAAACAUUAAAGGUUUUUUGUGCUCAUUUGCUUAUUUUGUUUAUUUUAAGCUACUGUGAUUGACUGCAUUGUAAUUAUUAGGUCAACAAUGUAUUUAGCUGUUUAUUGGUAUAUUUUUAAUUGGAAUGUAUAAUUGAUUUUUAUAAUUUUGAUCAGAUUUUUGUUAUAUUUUUGAGGUGAAGCUUUUAAUAUGUUAAAGUGUCUAGUUUUUACUAAUUGCUAUAUUGUGCUCCACAAUAUAUGGUUCACAUUUUCUGAAGGAAAAUAAAUAUUUAAAUAUUUGUCUGUUAAUGAUGUUACUUAAUGGCAAGAUUUCAAUAGUUUUUAACUGUGUAUGGAAAGGUUGUUGUAUUUAUUAAUAGCAUUUUUUACUUAAGAUAUCACCUUAAUUUUUAUUGUCAUUUCACUUUAUAAGUUCCUAUUUUUGUAUUUUCCUUUCUAAUUAAGUUAUGUAAUACGGAUUUGUCCAUAUUUCUAGGAGUUGGUCUGUAGAAGUGCUAGUGAAACAAAAAAGAAAAAUCUAAUGUUAUUUAAUUGUUUGCAGCCAACUAUUUAUAACAGUAUGCAUAAUUUUUAAAUAUUUGUAAUGUGAAAUGUUGAAUGAAAUAAAUCUUAACUGUGAUGACA